AUGGCAGAUCAACGUCGGCCAAAGAUCAUUGAGGACAACCCCAUUAAGACCGGACUUGAGGGCUUUCGCGCUUCUUUCAAGGCCGCCUGUAAAAAUGAGGGCAUCCCUCCCUCACUGGACUCGCUUUGCGAGCUUACUGACGAUGCUCUCGAUCUCAUCCUGGCGCUUCAAGGCUGCCAAGCGUCUCGUCUGCUUCGCUCAGGUGGGAGAGGGAAGAACCUAUUUAGCGACUUAUCAAGACUCAGCUCCGCUGUCAACUCCGAUGACUUCGAUUUCGACCGCAUCAAACCACUUUUCAAAGCAUCCCUAGCCGAUACCCUUGACGACGCGUUGAUCUGGGAUCACGUCUACAACACCGUUGCCGAAGCCACCCCGCCGCCCCGAUCAAUAGCAUCCUCUCUUCAACAAACUCCGUGGCUCCGCAACACGAGCGGCUUUGCGAACUCGUCCGAGCAUCGGAAGUACAUGGACCUUGUGCUCAGGGAAGAGCUCGGUACUAUGCAUGUCGGGCUCCCUGGUUUCCACAAGACAUAUUUCGGACGUGUGGCCGAUCUUGAUACAGCGUCUCGGGCAAUAUUCGAGAAGUGCGAGGAAGGCAGCAACCCUCUAUUUCGCGAGGGGUGGACCAGAUGGCCGAGUGAUGCGAAUCAAGACGGUGUGCUUAGCUGGUUCGCGGACAUCAGCGAUAAGCUGGCGGCCUUCGCAGAAUCGUACAAACCCACUCUGACCGGCCGGAGGCCGUUGGCACAGCCCAACAAGCCGAUCCACGGUUCUACUGCAGAGCGCAAGCUGGACGUUGGGUUCGUGAAUGACCCCCAAGCAAGAAGCGACUCUCGAUGUUGCUGGUCGCAGAUACUCGUCCCUGGAGAGCUGAAGAGCAAUCCAUCUGCCGAUAUCGCCUCCAAAGCAUGGCUUGAUUUGGGGAGAUACGCAAGGGAAGUUCUCACUGCUCAAGACACCCGUCGCUUCGUCUUGGGCUUUACCAUUUGCGGUUCGCUCAUGAGGAUAUGGAUGUUUGACCGGCUCGGCGGGAUCGCGUCUGAACGGUUUGAUAUUAAUCACGACGGGCUGCAGUUUGUCUCCACGAUCAUUGGGUUCCUCUGGAUGGAUGAGGAAGAGCUUGGCUUUGACCCUACGAUCAUUACAGAGAACGGCAAACGGCUCAUCAUGAUCACACGGAACGGACAAACAGAGAGGCUCGUCAUCGACCAAUUAAUGAAACGCGCGCCUUGCGUCGCCGGCCGGGCUACGACUUGCUGGAAAGCGCACUGCGAAGAAGACCCACAGUCGCCAAUCGUCAUCAAGGACUCCUGGCAGUUCGUGGAGCGUGACGAGGAAGGCGAAUUACUCCAAGAGGCGACCGGCAAAGAUGUAGUCAACGUCGCUAGGUACUACCACCAUGAGACCGUGGUUGUCCGUGACGAAGUUGACGACAUUCGAGGCAAUACUCGAAGGGGACUGGAUGCUACUGAGGCGAAGAAUUAUCAAUCAGAACGAUCUAUCAUUCCGCAGAGCAUGAGUGUAAUAGGCCCUUCACGAACAGGUCGAAGCAGUACUAUCGGAGUGAAGCGGUCCUCGAGCCAGACGGGUGCCCCCGUACCACCCAGUAAACGGUCCUGUUCGGCAUCUCCAACAAAAGCAGGCAGCCACGCCAUCCCCAAUCGAGUACAUAGGCGGGUCAUCCUACGCGACUACGGAAAAGCUAUUUACAAGGCAAGCUCCCCGUCGGUUCUGCUUGCCGCGCUAGAGGGCUGCAUCGAAGGGCAUGAGUCCUUGCACAAGGCAGGUUUGCUUCACCGAGACAUCUCGAUUAACAAUCUGAUGAUCAACGAGGACGACACGAACUCUUCGUGGCCCUCUUUUUUGAUCGACCUUGACCUUGCCAUCCGAGAGCAACGAGACGGUGCUUCAGGGGCAAGAGGAAAGACAGGUACAAGGGCUUUCAUGGCGAUUGGGGCCCUUCUGGGCGAGCAGCAUUCCUUCAUGCACGACCUUGAGUCCUUCUUCUGGGUUUUGUUCUGGAUAUGCAUCCAUUACACCGGGCCAGAUGAGGGCAGAGUCGUCGCGAGAUUUGACAAGUGGAACUACUUCGACACGGAGGAGCUGGCAACUUCCAAAACGGGGUUGGUUAGCAACGAAGGAGACUUUCUGAGGAUCAUAAAAGGAAACUGUACAUCAUACUACGAGUCACUGGUUCCGUGGGUCAACAGGUUACGAAAAGUUAUGUUUCCAAAUGGUGGGAGGUGGGAGAUGGAGGACCAAGGGUUGUACGCGCGAAUGAGAGAAAUACUUCGUAAGGCGCAAAUGGAUCUGAGCCCGUCGUAGGAACUUCAGUCAAUCGGCCUUUCUGGUCAGAACAGUACUGGAGCCCGUGCACUACG